AUGCAGGAAAAACUUAAGAAGUGCGUUUGCGAAAAAUGUGGUAGCUAUUGGCCCAGCGAAGCUGCGAAAAACCGCCAUGAAAAGAGCCACUCGGUGAAGGAAAGUGCAGCCUGUCAGGCUAAAGAUAGCGAUACACUUGGCCAGGACGACGUGGAAGAAGAUGUUAUGAAGGAAGAAGACAAUGGCAGCGCUUCUCAUGCAAUGGAAAUUUGUAGCGACGUUGAAAGCGAGUCGAACUGCAUCAUGCCAGUAAUUGAAAACCUCGCUGAAUUUCUGAACUCGCCAUUU